CUGGCACAAUACAGUUGGUUGGUCCGAUCGUUUACAGAUCAGCAGCAAGUUCAAUACACAUAUUUGCUAAACAUAUUUCAACUCGAAAGUUUUUAAACAUAUUUUGGAUAGAAUCAUGAAUAAGAACCUCGGCUUUAUGGAACGCUUGCGGUGGCGCUUAAAAACCAUCGAGCAUAAAAUUCAACAAUAUCGUUUGACAACCAACGAAACAAUUGUCGCUGAUACCGAAUAUGGAAAAGUGCAGGGAGUGAAGAAAAUAUCUCUGUAUGAUGUUCCAUACUACAGUUUCGAGGGUAUUCCCUACGCCCAGCCACCUGUGGGUGAAUUGCGCUUUAGGGCACCACAACGGCCCACACCUUGGGAAGGUGUUAGGGAUUGCAGUCAGUACAAGGAUAAGUCAGUUCAAGUGCAGUUUGUCUAUGAUAAAGUGGAAGGUUCCGAAGAUUGUCUAUACUUGAAUGUUUUUACCAACAAUGUAACACCCACUAAGCCACGUCCAGUCAUGGUCUGGAUACAUGGCGGUGGCUUCAUACAAGGCGAAGGCAAUCGCGAAUGGUAUGGCCCAGAUUAUUUCAUUAAAGAAGAUGUUGUUCUCGUCACCAUUUCAUAUCGUUUAGGAGCUUUGGGUUUUCUUAGUCUAAGUUCUCCGGAAUUAAAUGUCCCCGGUAAUGCGGGUCUAAAGGAUCAAGUGAUGGCCCUCAAAUGGAUCAAGAAUAAUUGUGCCAACUUUGGUGGCGAUCCGAAUUGCAUAACAGUCUUUGGAGAAAGCGCAGGCGGUGCUUCUACCCAUUACAUGAUGAUCACUGAUCAGACCCAGGGUCUUUUCCAUCGGGCUGUUUUGCAAUCGGGCAGUGCUAUUUGUCCUUGGGCCUACAAUGGAGAUAUUACCCAUAAUGCCUUUAGAAUCGCUAAGCUGGCGGGCUACAAGGGAGAGAAUAAUGACAAGGAUGUCUUGAGUUUUUUGCACAACAUCAAGGCCAAAGACUUGAUACGUGUAGAGGAACACGUCUUGUCUCUUGAAGAUCGAAAUAAUAAUAUUAUGUUUGCUUUUGGACCAUCUUUGGAACCUUUUAUCACACCUGAAUGUGUGGUUCCCAAGCAUCCACGCGAGUUGAUGAAGACAGCUUGGAGUAACUCAAUACCCAUAUUGAUUGGAAAUACUUCCUAUGAGGGUCUCUUAUGGGUGCCAUUACUUAAGAUGGCGCCUCAGGUGACUCAAAAACUAGAUGCUGGAACUCCAUUUAUUCCUCAGGAGCUGCUGGCCACAGAGCCCAGCAGCGACAAGAAGGAUGAGUGGAGUCGCAGAAUUCGUGACACCCAUCGCACAGGUGAAGUGGCGACCGGAGAUAACUAUAUGGAUUAUUGUUCGCUCUACUACUUUGUCUUUCCUGCUGUUCGACUUAUAAAAUCUCGCCAAGCCUAUGCUGCAGGAGCUCCUGUUUAUUUUUAUCGCUAUGAUUUCGAUUCGGAGGAGAUUAUUUUCAAUUAUCGCAUAAUGCGUAUGGGUCGUGGAGUCAAGGGAGUUAGCCAUGCCGAUGAAUUGGCUUAUCAAUUCAGCAGUCUUCAGGCACGACGUCUGCCCAAAGAAAGUCGAGAGUAUCGCAAUAUUGAAAGAACUGUGGGAAUCUGGACACAAUUUGCAGCAACAGGUAAUCCGUACAAUGAGAAAAUUAAUGGAAUGGACACUCUCACUUGGGAUCCUGUGCGCAAAACAGAUGAAGUCUUCAAGUGCCUCAAUAUUAGUGAUGAUUUGAGGUACAUUGAUUUGCCUGAAUGGAGCAAGGUUAAGGCAUGGGAGAGUCUUUAUGAGAAUAACAAGGAUUUGCUUUUCUGAUUUUCGGCUUUUUCUUUUACUCCACUUAGAUAAAGGUCAUGUGUUUAUACGUAAUAGAUAAGAAUCUUAAUAUCAAUUUAUGCAAUAUUAAUAAAUAUUUACACAAAAUCCAAAAUA